GAUAAUAUUGUCUCACAGCAAUAAUCGAGUUGUUACCUAUUAUUGGCUUUCAAAUUUUCAACUUAUGGAGUGCACUUCCAAUAAUAAGCAUUCUUUUGUUCUCUUGAUUUUGCUCGUACUCCUUAGUCCUCUAGUACUUUGCCAACUUAGAUAUGACUACUAUUUUGCAACAUGUCCAACCCUCACUUUCAUUGUUCGAAACUCACUUGUGCUAGCUAUGGCAGAUGAACAAAGGAUUGCAGCUUCUAUCUUACGCCUUCAUUUCCAUGAUUGUUUUGCCAAUGGAUGUGAUGCAUCUGUGCUACUAGAUGAUACCAGCAGUUUUAAAGGGGAGAAAAGUGCAUUGCCUAAUCUAAAUUCACUCAAAGGAUUUGAGCUUAUUGACACAAUCAAGUCUCAAAUAGAGUGGAUAUGCCCAUCCACCGUGUCAUGUGCUGAUAUACUAGCUCUAGCAGCAAGAGAAGCUGUUAAUCUUAGUAUAGGAACAUAUUACUGGCGACCAGCACUUCUUGGUCGUAGAGACGGCACAACAGCUAGUGAGAGCGAGGCUAGUUGGUUACCUUCACCCUCUGACACCUUACAAAACAUUACCAACAAGUUCCUUUCAAAGGGUCUUGAUAUUAAGGAUUUAGUAGUGCUCUCAGGAGCCCACACAAUAGGCUAUGCUCGGUGCUUUACAUUGAAGCAAAGGUUUUUCAACUAUAAGGACACUGGCAAACCGGAUCCAUCACUGGAUGCUUCACUCUUACAACAUUUACAGAAACUAUGUCCAGAUAACAGUUCUGACACCAAUUUGGCUCCCUUGGAUCCUGUCACCACAUACACAUUUGAUAACAUGUAUUACAAAAACCUUGUUAAGAACUUAGGGUUACUACCAACUGAUGAGGCUCUUAUGAGUGAUAGCACAACUGCUUCGUUGGUGAACAAGUAUAGCCAGUGGCCAAGUGGUAUGGUUUACUUUUACAAGGACUUUGAUGUGUCUCUAGAGAAAAUGGGCCUUAUAGGUGUACUUACAGGACCACAAGGGGACAUAAGGAAAAACUGCAGGGUGAUCAACUAGAAAUACAUUUUCAUGUGCUCUAAUACUUUACCAAAAUAUAGACCGUGUUAUAGAUGAAUAGAUAUAUAGAUGUGUAUAUCAACAUUGGUUAGAAGAGAAAUUCAUUUAGAGUUCAUAUUAUACAUGAACAACCUGCCUAAGUUUGUGAAAAAACUAGACAUGUGCAUGGAUUUGCACCCAUAUGAAAAAUUGGACCUAUAGUUCAAAUUGGUGAAUUUGGGGGGUUUGGCAACUUUUUGUUUCCACGGAAAAUGAUUUUGUUUUAUAUUUCAAAAUCAUCUUUAUUCUUUUA